GUGGAACUGAGUGUGGAGAAGGAAGUGGCUGGCUUCUGGGUCAAGAUCCCCUGUGUGGAGCAGCUGGGCAGCUGUACCUAUGAGGACUUCUGUGACUUGCUUGACAGUUUCAUCCCCCCAGGACAGUCCUGCCCAGAGCCCCUGCACACCUAUGGGCUUCCCUGCCACUGUCCCUUCAAAGAAGGCACCUACUCGCUGCCCACGAGUGACUUCACGUUGCCCGACCUGGAGCUACCAGGCUGGCUCAGCACUGGGAAUUACCGCAUCCAGAGCGUCCUGAGCAGUGGCGGGAAGCGCCUGGCCUGUGUCAAGAUCGCUGCCUCUCUGAAGGGCAAAUAAUGUGGUAGCUGCCACAGUGGAACAAAGCGGCACGAGGAAGACACAGAUCUGCUGCCCUGACCCGUGUUUGCCGAGGCCCGGCUCUGCUCCUCUCGAGUCCCUGUCUACAAUGAUUCUGCUUCUCUCACUGGAAAUCAUCAUAUGCCACCCCCAUUUGAUGCUGGGGACAUGCAGCCUCCACCUCAGGGAGAAUGGGCGUGGCAGGUCUUGAGCCCAGGAUGUGUGCUGGGCCGUGUGUCACCCCCUUUUCACCCCCAAGGACUUUUCUCUAAGGGUUUCUUUCAUUUCCAAAACAGCCAAGGAAAAGGGACCAUCAUGAACCUUCAGUUCAGACUGACCCAACUAUGGCACUUGAAGCACCUUGUGACUUUGUUUCUUUUUGGUCUCUGACUUCAAAGCAGUAUUGACGUUUUUCAUUCUACUCUGAACCCCUCCUACAGUAAAGGGGCUGAAAUAGUUUAUCAUAGCCUUUUCAUCCACUAACUUCUGAUUAAUUUUUUAUUCUAUUCUAGGCUUACCUAACCAGCACCAGGCAUAGCGUGUCCUGGAGAGGCAGGGUGUGCAUGGUGGAGUCUCUUGCCAGAGUUAUUUUAGGAACACUCAGGUGUUUAAACUCUUACUCACUCAUGUGCUGGCAGGGCCAAGCAAAGACAUAAAUAUUGUCAGCACCAUUAGAAAAUCUGCUUCCAGAAGUGGCCUCCUCCCUUUUUCCUCAUCUGAUAAAGGUAAUGCACACUGUGACUAUGACAAGUAUUCCUUACGCCAUGCCAAAAAUAAAUCAAUAAAAUAACAGCACCUAUCAUUGACACCAGGCAGCCAAUGUCCAGUCUCCAGCUGGGGAUGUAACCCGAGAUGGCGCAUCCCGUUCCACAGAGGCAGCUGUUGUGUGGAUGUUGGAUGUUCCCAGUCAGUGCCCCAUAGAAUGUUGCCACAUAGUCUCAGUUUUUUUCUCUAGAAGGCAAAAAUAUCUGGAUUUUUAUAUGAAAUCUUGCAAUUUUUAAACACUGGCAGUUCUUACUAUUUUUAUACAUUGUGCAAGACGAAGGGGCCACUUGGCCUUGUCUGGGGAAAUCUGGCUCAUGGGUGACCAGUUUUCAGACUCCAGCAUGCCUUGUCCUUUUCUCUGUCACCAUUUCUUCCUCCACUGGGCCCAAUCCAUAGCAUCUGGCCCCAAGGAGAAGGCUCUGCCAGCUCUAGGGGAGGCUCAGGUGGCCUCUCAGAGCCGGGAGCUGCAGAGUCGUGAGGCUGCCUGCUCCAGCCUUGGAACCAGUCAGGGCAUAGGGGCUGAUGCUGGAGAAUGGUCCCCAGCAGCUGCUUUGUGGAACAGGGAUCCAGUGAAGAGAGGGUAGAUCCGAUGUUGGAUCACCAUGUUGUGACAGCUUUCUGAGCCACACAUUGGGCCAUGUUUUGAACCCAUUUGAAGCCUGGAAUUGCAAUAAAACUUUUUAAC